AUGGCAGAGGUACGCCAGCGGAAGGCCAAUGCCUCCUCCGACCCGACCACCGCCGCCGCGCCGCCCGCCGCAUCCGACUCCGAGACGAACAAGCAGAAGAAAAGCAGCAGCACCAGCGCCCCCAGCGGCUACGACGUCGGCAUCCUCAACGUCGCGCUGGCAGUCGGCUCGAUCCUGCUCCUCACCGCCGUCGCCAUCGGCCUAGCCAUCCACUUCCUCGACCCAUUCCAAUACCUCGACCUCGACGACAACUCCUCCUCCUCCUCCCCCUCCUCCUCCGCCGCCGCCGCAUCCUCCAAACCCAACAAAGACAGCCCCAGCCUCCGCACCUUCACCCCGACCACCCUCCUCCCCUACACGGGCGCCACCCCCAACACCCCCAUCUACCUCUCCAUCAACAACACCGUCUACGACGUCUCCGCCUCGCCCACCUUCUACGGCCCGGGCGGGCCCUACGCCCACUUCGCCGGCCGCGACGCCACGCGCGCCUGGGUGACCGAAUGCUUCGGGUCGGGCCUCACGCCCGCCGAAGCGUCCGACGCCGCCUUCGCCGCGUCGCAACUCGCCUCGACCCUCGCCGGCGUCGACGCCAUGUUCCUUCCGCUGUGGCUGGACGAGGCGCUGGGCGACGCGGCCGACGGCGCGCCCGUCGACGGCGACGCCGCGGCGCUGUUCCCCGCCGCGAGCGUGCCGCCGGGGACGGUGUUGCCGGAGAGGUUGCGGAGGCAGGCGAAGGCCAUGUUGGAGCGGAUGCCCGGGGGCGGGGUGGUGGGGGAGGGGGAGAGGGCGGAGAGGAGGGAGGCGGAUGCGGUGGAGGCGCGGGAGGCGGUGGAGAGGGCGUUGGGGAAGUGGGUGGGGUUUUUUGCGGGGGCGGCGGGCAAGUAUCCGGUUGUGGGGAGGAUGGAGGAGGGGGAGGGGGAGGACGGGUUGGAGGAGGAUGGGGAGGAGCCGCCGGCUUUGUGCGAGAAGGCGAAGCGGAAGAGGCCGGUUAAGGGGGGGAGGCUGGAGGGCGUGAUGGGCUUGAUGCAGAAGAUGAUGGAGGGCGGGGCGGAUCCGGCGGCGGCUGCGGCGGCGGGUAUGGCUGCGGGUGCGGGUGCAGGUCAGGGGAAUGGGCAGAUGCCGGAUUUCGUUAAGCAGAUGUUGGAGAAGAGGGAGAGGGAGAAGAAGGACAAGAAUUAG